UGAUUGUAGCUGGCGGAGCCAUGGAAUGGUUUGGCAAGGACAGUGCCGCCUCAGAGAUGGAACGGGCAGACGCCGACAAGGAUCUCCGUAUUUCUCCCAAAGAUUUUGAUCAUUGGUUAGAAAGUGCCUUGCGGAGAAGGUAUGGUGAAGAUCAGGCACGGAGACAGGAAGCUGGUUCAGGUGAAGGAGAUGCAAAUGUACCGUUCCUUACAUUGGUGUGGAUAGCAUUUGAGGCUGGUCUUCCAUUCGUAGGGUUUGGUUUCCUCGAUAACGCUGUGAUGAUUCUCGCCGGAGACGCAAUCGACAGCACGGUGGGUCUCUACCUCAACUGCUCCGUAUUGGCGUGCGCUGCGAUGGGCAACAUUUUUUCCGGUGUAUUGGGAAUGCAAGUCCAUGGUGUGAUCGACAAAGCGGUGCAGAAGCUGAACUUCAAGGCCCCUGUGUUAACCGAAAGUCAAAUGAAAGGAAGACGUGUGUUU